AUGUUUAAUUGUGGAGCGGCUACUUUUGAAGAUGUAAUGGAACUAACCCCGCGAAUGGAGGAUGAAGAGAUCCCUUGUUCGCUCCCUUCUCUCGGCGAGAAUCCUUCCCGAUUUAUGCUCGCUGUUAGCGCAGGAACAAAACGAGCCUAUGAUUUAUUGUUCCUGACCGUUUGCGCUUACCACUACUGCCUUCUCUCUGCCAUGCGAACGAAGGAAUCUAUCGUCAAUUUCUGCCACGCUGCCAAAGCCUUUUUUAAAGACUUCAUUCAACUAUACCCAGAUGAACAACAAAUUUUGUGCAAACGCAUCUUCCAAGUCUACUACCACACAAAUUACGGCGACGCAAUCAAGAUUUUCUUCACCUUUUGCUUUGCCUACGUUUUAUUUUCCUUCAGAGUUUACUAG